AUGGGAGGCGAGAAAAAGGAGAUCCCCCAACAGAAGGAGCAGCAGCAAGAACAACAGCCAGAUACUCCCACAGUCAAGUCUCCCGUCGGAGAUUCCGCUGAACGGCUUGAAAUCCUGUGUGACCGACUCCGCCAGGACAUCGUCGAUGAACUGCGGGGUCAUCUGAAGUUGACUGUAGACUGUGCGAUGGAACGCCUGAUGAGACACACCGAAUCCCAUGACUUAAUGCGGUCCUCUAACUGGCUGGAGAAA